AAUGAAACCACAAUAGAAAUACUCCAGUCUGUAAGUGUCCGCGCACUAUACCACAAGUCAAUUCAAAUUCGUUAUAAAAUAGACCAUCAACAAAAGGAUUUAAAAAACAAUGUCUUCACGAAUAUAUCCUAAAGUAUGGACCGAAUUUGAAAGACAGGCUGACGACGGGCGUAUAUUGAAUUUUUCAAUCGAAGAUGUUCCGGAGGACAUGUGGAAAUCGGCUGUUGAAUUUAUGCUAGGAAGUUAUAUUAAGGAGGACGUUUGGUGGAAGACAGCAGGCACGGCGGAGGACCCCGAGGCGAUACAAGAGUACCGGGUGCUCCUGACGUCGAUCAUUGAGCAGAAAAUGAGUUUAGCUUGCUUCCUAACGGCACCAGAGGGCGCGGGGCGCACACUCGUAGGAGUAAACAUGUGUAUGCCGCAGGAUAAAGAUCGCUUCGUUGAACACGUACCGCCAAAAUCCAAAGCUGGCAUUUUGUCACUCCGAAUGUUUUCGGAAGCGACAAAGUUUACUGUCAUAUACGACAAAUAUGAUGUAAACACUUAUCUUAUGGGAGCUGGUCUUUCUGUAACACCGGAAUAUAGAGGUCUGGGGAUUGCCGUCGAGUUGCUAAAAGCCAGGAAAGCUCUAGCAAAAGAGCUCGGUUUUAAAGUAACAGGCGGUAUAUUUACUAGUGAUUCAGCUCAAAAAUCCGCAGAAAAAGCCGAUAUGGAAUGUCUUUUCAAGAUUUCCUAUAAACAAUUCGGCGAACAAUGCGACAUAGAGUUCGAUUCCGAAACCGAAGACCUCAAAAUAUUUGGGGCAAAAGUUGAAUAAUGUAAAAGUAUCCUGGAAAUGGUUGAUCUUGAUCGCAAAGAAAAUCUUUAUAUUAUCAUAUAAAACAAACAAUAAUAAUGCUAUAAAUAACUCU